UGUUUCAAUUUCUAAGGAAAAUUAGUAAAAAAGAAUGAUCAUGAAAUCAAACAAACUGGUUUGCGGCAUAUUACUAUGCCUGUUUUUCAGUGCUAACCUUUACAAUCUUGUUGAGAGCCUGAUCUGGUCCCGAUUUACACUGUUCCAAGUCGUCUGCUGUGUUUCGUGGCCCAUUCCGUACAAAAAUCCACUGCGAAAGUUGUUUUUCAAUGUUGGAUUUCAAUUUAACUACGGCGAACCAUUUGCACUGAGCAAUUUUUAUAAUGCAACUUAUUAUCAAAACAUUUUCAACAGUCGCGAUUUCCACAACGGCCAUUCGCCUAACAGCUCAACAGAAAAUGCGCACUACAACGAUGGCACAACAGAAUAUUCAACAUUAGAUACAACAACCGAUGGAAAUAUGGUUAAUGGCCGCGUUGAGUCGAGGAGUAUCGAUGGUUUAGUUGGCAAAGACGUGUCUGCAGCUCAAUUAUACGAAAGUAUUGAGGAUAACUUUGUUGAAAUUGGUUAUGAUAAGAGCUGUUUGAAGAAGGCGAUAUGCGAACUCGCCCGACAUCCAUUGCACAAAGAAGAUGAUGAAGAGCAUUUACUAAUGGACAUCGUCAAUUUCGUGUUCACGCCAACUGAACACAAUGGAUUCGCAGAGCAUGAAACUUAUGAGCGUCAAAAGUACGAAACAGCUCAGAAGAUUGGUGAAAACGGUCAUGAUUGCGAUGCAAUUUAUCCAGAAUGCGAGAAUUCAAUAUUGAACAAGUUUUCUUAUUUGUUGACAGGAUAAAAUGCGUUUAUUUUCA